AUGCGCGAAAUCGUUCAUAUACAGGCAGGUCAGUGCGGCAACCAAAUUGGCGCUAAGUUUUGGGAAGUAAUAUCAGACGAACACGGCAUUGAUCCAACUGGGACGUACCAUGGGGACUCGGAUCUUCAGCUAGAACGCAUAAAUGUGUAUUACAAUGAAGCAACCGGUGGAAAGUAUGUGCCUCGUGCUGUUCUGGUCGACCUAGAACCUGGGACUAUGGAUAGUGUGCGUGCUGGUCCAUUUGGUCAGUUAUUCCGACCAGAUAACUUUGUUUUCGGACAAAGUGGGGCUGGAAAUAAUUGGGCGAAAGGCCAUUACACCGAAGGUGCUGAGUUGGUUGAUUCCGUCUUAGAUGUUGUUCGCAAAGAGGCGGAAUCUUGUGACUGUCUUCAGGGUUUUCAGCUCACUCACUCUCUUGGAGGAGGUACUGGUUCCGGAAUGGGGACACUGCUUAUUUCUAAAAUCCGUGAAGAGUAUCCAGACCGUAUUAUGAAUACCUUCUCAGUCGUUCCAUCGCCUAAAGUAUCUGAUACUGUUGUAGAGCCGUACAACGCAACUCUUUCAGUUCACCAGCUUGUAGAAAACACUGACGAAACAUAUUGCAUUGAUAACGAAGCGCUGUAUGACAUAUGCUUCCGAACUUUAAAGCUCACCACUCCAACAUAUGGUGACCUAAAUCACUUGGUAAGUGCGACCAUGUCAGGUGUUACGACAUGUCUUCGAUUCCCCGGCCAGCUGAAUGCUGAUUUAAGGAAAUUAGCUGUAAACAUGGUACCAUUCCCACGUCUACACUUUUUCAUGCCUGGAUUCGCUCCUCUUACUAGCCGUGGUAGCCAGCAGUAUCGUUCCCUUACGGUACCUGAAUUAACUCAACAAAUGUUUGAUGCGAAGAAUAUGAUGGCCGCUUGCGAUCCACGCCAUGGACGAUAUCUAACAGUUGCCGCAAUGUUUAGAGGGCGCAUGUCAAUGAAAGAAGUUGAUGAGCAAAUGCUUAACGUUCAGAACAAAAAUUCGAGCUAUUUCGUCGAAUGGAUACCUAAUAACGUCAAGACAGCUGUGUGUGACAUUCCACCAAGAGGUUUGAAAAUGUCCGUCACUUUCAUCGGGAACAGUACGGCUAUUCAGGAGUUAUUCAAGCGUGUUAGCGAGCAGUUCACUGCUAUGUUCCGACGCAAGGCUUUUUUGCAUUGGUAUACAGGUGAAGGUAUGGAUGAGAUGGAGUUCACAGAGGCAGAAUCAAAUAUGAAUGAUCUCGUCAGCGAGUAUCAACAGUAUCAAGAUGCAACAGCCGAAGAGGAAGGGGAUUUCGAGGAAGUAGAAAACGAAGUAGCAUGA